AUGCCUUCAACAGCGCUACUACUUGUCAUGAUCGUGGCCAUCAUCAGCAGUGCACGGUGCUUCGCAUCGGACACCAUCACCGCCAACUCCGCCAUCUCCGGCGGCCGGACCGUCGUGUCCACAGGCGGCAGCUUCGAGCUGGGCUUCUUCCAUCCAGCAGCAGCAGGUGGUGACAGCAACACGGCCUCCUCUCACAACUACUACGUGGGAAUCUGGUACAAGAAAGCCGUGACGCCGUGCACGCCCGUGUGGGUUGCGAACAGAGCCGCGCCAGUCUCCGACCCCGCGUCCUCUCAGCUCGCCGUUGCGCCGGACGGCAACCUCGUGCUCACCAACGAGGUCGGCGAGCUCGUCUGGUCCUCGAACGUCGUCAUCUCCGGCAGCAGCUCCAACGGCACCGUGGCUGUCCUCUUGGACAGCGGAAACCUCGUCCUCCGGCGCGACGACGGCGAGGUCCUGUGGCAGAGCGCCGAGCACCCCACCGACACGUGGCUCCCGGGAGUCCGUCUCGGCAUGAACAAGAUCACCGGCCACGUGCAGGCUCUGACUUCUUGGAGGAGCUCCAGUGACCCGGCUCCCGGCAUGUACUCCCUGGGAAUCGAUCCGCACGGGACCAGCCAGUUCUUCCUGUCCUGGAACAGGACCGUGAACUUCUGGAGCAGUGGAGAGUGGACAGGCAGCAUAUUUGCCGGUAUCCCGGAGAUGACGUCGCACGACAAGUACAACUUCGAGUUCGUGAACACCUCGAACGCCAACUACUUCGACUACUCCCUUCAAGAUCCCACGGUCAUCUCCAGGUUCGUCGUCGACGUCUCCGGCCAGGCGAGGCAGAUCAUGUGGCUGCCGUCCGCCGACGAGUGGAUGGUCAUAUGGGAGGAGCCGCACAAGCUCUGCGACGUCUACGCCAUCUGCGGCGCGUUCGGCAUCUGCGACGAGAAGAGCGAGCUACUAUGUAGCUGCCCCGCCGGCUUCCGGCCCUCCUCCGUGGAGGACUGGGAGCUCGGAGACCACUCACAUGGCUGCCGCCGGAACAAUCCCUUGCACUGUCACAACAGUUCGUUGCGCGACAAGGACGGCGGCGACGCCUUCUUGCUGGCGCCAGGAGCAUCACCAUCAAGCGCUGAAGACUGCAGGUCAGCGUGUUUGAGGAGCUGUGACUGCAGCGCUUACUCCUACGGUAGUCGCUGUGCUCUCUGGUACGGUGAUCUGCUCGGCUUGUCUGCCAUGGACACAGCAAGCACGGAUGACCUUUACCUCCGGCUGUCUGCCAUGGACGUGCCCUCGAAUGGCCGUCGUAAAAGAACGGUCGUCGUCUUCGUUUCUGUUGCCUCAGCUGCGUCGAUCCUAGCCUGCGUGUCUGUCAUCGCGACCGUGCUUGUUAAGAUGUUUAGGAGAAGACAGAGGAACAUAAGAUUCUUGCAAGCUGCAGCAGAAGGCGGUAGCCUCGUGGACGACGAGGCUCACCGGCCGUCGAUGGAGCAGGUGGUCCAGGCGCUGGAGGGGGUCGUGAUCCUGGACGUGCCGCCGAUUCCGAAAUCGCUGCAAGCAGCAUUCGCCGGUAAUGCCACCUUUGUGGGUACGCCUACCAGUGCGUACUUUGAUGGCCUCUCACGGUCCCCUCUAUAA